CCGGCCCGGCCCCGGCCCGGCCCGACCCCUCGGCCCGGCCCGCGCGGCCGCCCCGGGGACGAUGAACGGAGGAUAAAUGGUGCCCAAGGCGGACAGCGGCGCGUUCCUGCUGCUCUUCCUGCUGGUGCUCACGGUCACCGAGCCGCUGCGGCCAGAGCUGCGCUGCAACCCCGGCCAAUUUGCCUGCCGCAGCGGUGCCAUCCAGUGCAUCCCCCUGCCCUGGCGUUGCGACGGGCUGGUGACCUGCGAGGACGGGAGCGACGAGGCCGCCUGUCCAGAAGUGAGCGGGCAGGCACGUCCCCACCAUGGGAAGGAGGCUGCGGACCCCAGGCCAGGCCGGGCGCGCGGCGGCGACCCCUCGCACCUGCACGCCAUGAGCGUGGCGCAGCCCGUGCGGUUCGGCAGUUUCCUAGGGAAGUGCCCCGCAGGGUGGCACCAUUAUGAGGGCACGGCCAGCUGCUACCGCGUCUACCUGAGCGGCGAGAGCUACUGGGACGCGGCGCAGACCUGCCAGCGUGUGAACGGCUCCCUGGCCACCUUCUCCACCGACCAGGAGCUGCGCUUCGUGCUGGCCCAGGAGUGGGAGCAGCCGGAGCGGAGCUUCGCCUGGCAGGACCAGCACAAGCUGUGGGUCGGCUACCAAUACGUCGUCACUGGCCGGAACCGCUCCUUAGAAGGACACUGGGAGGUGGCGUCCAAAGGUUCCUCGGAGGUGCUGCUGCCCCCGGACCCCGUCUUGGCGGCGGCCACGGCGGAGGGCGACAGCGUGUUCUGCGCGCAGCUGCAGUGCUUCCACUUCCCCACGCUGCGCCGCCACGACCUGCACAGCUGGCGCGCCGAGAGCUGCCAGGACAAGUCCUCCUUCCUGUGCAAGAGGAGUCAGACCUGUGUGGACAUCAAGGACAAUGUGGUGGACGAAGGCUUCUACUUCACCCCCAAAGGGGACGACCCGUGCCUGAGCUGCACCUGCCACGGCGGGGAGCCCGAGAUGUGCGUGGCCGCGCUGUGCGAGCGGCCGCAAGGUUGCCAGCAGUACCGCAAGGACCCCAAGGAGUGCUGCAAGUUCAUGUGCCUGGACCCAGACGGCGGCAGCCUGCUGGACUCCAUGGCCAGCGGGAUGCGCCUGAUCGUCAGCUGCGUGUCAUCCUUCCUCAUCCUCUCGCUGCUGCUCUUCAUGGUCCACCGGCUGCGCCAGAGGCGCCGCGAGCGCAUCGAGUCCCUGAUCGGGGCGAACCUGCACCACUUCAACCUCGGCCGCAGGAUCCCCGGCUUUGAUUACGGCCCUGAUGGCUUCGGCACGGGCCUCACACCCCUGCACCUUUCCGACGACGGGGAAGGUGGGACUUUCCACUUCCACGAUCCCCCUCCGCCCUACACCGCGUACAAGUACCCGGACAUCGACCAGCCUGAUGAUCCGCCGCCACCCUAUGAGGCCUCCAUCAACCCGGACAGCGUGUUCUACGACCCCGCAGAUGACGACGCCUUUGAGCCGGCGGAAGCCGCCCCUCCCGCCGCUGGGGACGGCAGCCGGGAGGGCACGGUGCCCCGGCGCCCGGAGCGCACCCCUGGGGCCCCCCUGGCCGACCUGGAAGACUCGGCCGACAGCAGCAGCGCCCUCCUGGCGCCGCCUGAGCCCUGCCCGGGUGGGGGCGCCCCUGCCCCAGAAGCGCUGCCAGGGGGCGGCCGGCAUAGCCGAGGUUCCCUCAACACCGUGGUGUAGAGGACGGCCCGCUGCCCCGAUGGGCGGGGCACCUGUCCGCCCUGAGAAAGACACUGGUGUCCAUGGGCAGCGUGAGGACUGGAGGCAGCCUGGGCCCGGGCCCGCGCACACAUGCGGCCCCCAGGGAGCACCCAACGCAUCCCACCCGCACCCUGGGGCUCCCUGAGGGCUCAGAUACGGGCGACUUCCGGUUCCUGUCUCUUUUUCAACAGCUGGGCUGGCAGAGUUCACAGAGGAGGCGCCGCGGGCUGCCGUGGGGAGGGUCACCCCGGCUCUGCUGGGCUUGACUGUCGCCCCGGCGUGGGCACGCCUGAUCUGAGGACUGUCGACGGCCCGGGCGGGCGCCUUGGGGGCUGCUCUGGGGGCGCCCCCAGCUCCCGUUGUCACACGGUGGGCCUGGCCUGGGGCCCUUCUGCCGAGGCCCUGAGGUGGGGCUGCCGGCUCUGUGCUGUGUUCCCCGCUGGGCUCCGUGAAGCCAGGUGCCCGCCCCGAGGCUCCCCCAGCACCAUGCAUGGUGCCCCCGCAGCCCUGGAGCCAGGCGGUGGCCUCCAGCCUGCCCGGGUGUCCCGCCCUGGGCCUCGCUGCGGUAGGAGCCUGGGUGCCCCCGCUCCUGCUGGCCCUGCCCCCACCCCACCUUGUGUGUGCCAUAAAGGGUCGUGUCCCAGGGGGAGGGGCUGAAACUCACGUCCUGGGCUGUCACCUGGAAGCCCGAUUCCUGCCCACCACCGCCAUCACCAGAACCCGGUGGCCGCAUGCCACCUUCCUGUCCCCAGCAGCAGGGUGCUGGGUGCCCUGCCCCACGGGGCGUUUGACUGAGGCUCCCUGUUGCCUGCUUCUGGGCAGUGGUCUUGUCUCCUGACACGGGGCUUUUAGCAUUUCUGAGGUUUGGAGAUUAAGCGGGUUUUGUGCGAUUUUUAGCACAUCCAUAUCUUUUCUACGUUGAGUGUCUGGGUCUUUCCUUUUCUGUGUGCAUGUGUGUCUGUGUCCACGUGUCUGCAGGCAGUGGCCAGCCGCGGGGACUCACCUGGGGCCCCUUGCAGCCUCUGCGGGCCAGCAGCAAGGAGGGGGUAACAAAGAGGGUGAUGCCGGGCCAUGCCGGUGCAGUCUUUGUGCGGACUGUUUUCUUCCUGGGUGGCGUGAGAUGCUCGUGUUGCCCCCAGGAGCCAGUGCUGGAGGCCUCACCGUGCAGGGGGCUGUGUGCUGCACGGGCCUGUACCCCCCGCGGCGGGCCCGAAGUGCUGAGAGGGAGAAGGUGCGUCCUGCCACCACUGUGUGCUGGGCACAGCGGUCACCGCAGGCCUAGCUGGUGCGGGUGAGGGUCGUGAGCACUCUUGCUUUGGGGUGGGCACCCUGAGGGGCCUGGCCCAGACCUGACCCAUGCGCACAGGAUGUGUGGGGGCCGAAGGGUGCCGGGCCAGUCAGGUGGGUGAGGGUGUUCGGGGCGGCCGCGGUGGGCCACAGUCAGUUGAGUCCUGGCCAGCCCUGCUUGAGAGUCCGGUGUGCCUGGAGGGGCUCCUGGCUGCCUGUUGCGGGUGGGUGUCCACACUCCACUGUCUCAAGGCCUGUCCAUGUUUUCCUUUCACUAAGGGUUUCUAGUUUGGGUUUAUUUUUGGUUGGGUUGGCACUAAUUCUUUUCUUAAGAUGCUGUGAGAACCAUUUCAUCCAAAUGCCAAAUAAACCUGUGUUCUG